AAGUACUUAUAUCCACUGUAUUUGAGUAAUAUUAAUUAAUGCAGAAGCAGAAGUAUUGAAGUGGGUAUUUGUUGGGAAAGGCAAUUAACAUGAUUGAUGAAUCAGUUUGGAGGUAGGCACUUAACCAUCUCCUAACCUUCAAUCAUUCUUUCUGCUUCUCACAAUUAACUUAUCGAUCCAUUCCCUCUAUUUAAACUCACACGGGAACCUGAGUUUUCUGCAUCAAUGGGGCAAAGCACCGAGUUGAGAGCACCCAUGGAACAAAUUCAGAACCAAGAGCAAGAUAAGGGGAAUCUCCAUAAGCAAGGCAUUGAUGAUGUGAUACUGAUGGCUCCCAAGAUGCCCAAGGAUGAGGCCGAGAACAUUCGGCGGCCUCGAGGGAGGCCAGCAGGCUCCAAGAACAAACCAAAACCACCGAUCAUAGUCACUCGUGACAGUGCCAAUGCGUUACGUGCACAUGCAAUGGAGGUGAGUUCGGGUUGUGAUGUGCAUGAGAGUUUGGCUAGUUUCGCAAGGAGAAAGCAGCGUGGCAUUUGUGUUCUCAGUGGCAGUGGAUUCGUAACUAAUGUUACACUCAAACAACCAGCCUCAUCUGGUGCGAUUGUUACCUUACAUGGAAGGUACGAGAUUCUGUCGUUGCACGGCUCGAUCCUUCCGCCUCCUGCCCCAUCCGGGAUUACUGGCCUGACCAUUUACCUUUCCGGGGCACAGGGACAGGUUGUCGGCGGAGGCAUAGUCGGCGCACUCAUUGCUUCUGGUCCUGUUCUCAUCAUGGCUGCAUCCUUCAUGAAUGCAACCUUCGAUCGUCUCCCUUUGGACGAGACGGACGAAACGACAACAGCAGCUAUGCAGAACCAAUACCAUCAGCAGAACGGUCAGCACCAUCGGCUGGACAUUUCGGAUUUGUAUGGGAUGAUACCGCACAACUUGAUCACCAAUGGAACUAAUCCUCCUGAGGUAUACUCUUGGGCACCGGGACGAACCAUGUCAAAAACCUAAGC